UAACGUGUCCUCCCCCGAUCCAACUUUAGGCUCCUCCCCCUCCUCCAACAUGGCGGCGGCACGCCACGGGUGUCUGCUGGCGACUUGUUGGAUUGCGUUUGACUAACAAAGACUCGUUCGUGUGCCCUGUUGGGAGUUUUCUUUACUUUGACUCGCGUUUUGUUAAUUUCCCUUUUUUCCCCUGUGUUGACAUGAAGAAGCUCCCGGAUUGUCUGUGCGCGCGCACGUGUCGGUGGCGCGUGCGCGGCUACUGCGACAAAGUGGCGGCGGCGUCGAGAAGACGACAAUGAGCGCUUGUGUCACUUUGGGAAGACAUUUGCCGACUUUUGGCCGCUAAUGCCCGCAAAGCGACACCUAACGGAAGAUGGACGGCGACGAUCUGGGCUCUGUGACGAGCAGGGAGCGCGACAAGCUGCCGCCUAUUUCUGGGGCCCCGGGCCGCAAGGCCAAGCCUCCGCUGCCGACUCCGGGGAGCCUCAUCAACACACUCCACCACCGACAGCUUCAGCUCAGAGACGCCGACAUGCCCACCGCGCCGCUCGACUUAAAGCACGUGUGCGAGCUUCCGCCGAUUGGCAGCCUGGCGCGUCCCAAGCAGCGAGCGACCAUCGACACGCUGCCCCCGGAGGUCAAAGCGCCCUUCCCGUGUGACCCUGUUAUUCCACUGCGCACCAAGACCACCAAAGACUUCCUCAAGGAGAUGGAACGGGCGGCGCUGUUGGGCGACUGGCGUGAAGUACGAGACUUCUACCUGACCACCUUUGACUCGUUCAUUGAACUCAACGCCGCCUUCAAGCGGGAGGCCAACGCCUCCUUCGACACCACUGAAGACUCGGGCCUCGACGCCAAAUUCGUCAACGCUGUGUACGACUCAUUGCUCCAAACGCCUCAAGACAUUCAGAAGUCUGUGCUGAAGGGGAUCAUCAACAGUCUCCUGAGAGAGUGGAAAGGGCCCCGGACUAAAGAUGACCUGCGCGCUUACUUCAUCCUGGUUCAGAACCCUCAGUAUUCCAGCACCAGCACCUACGUGAUCUACGCUCACCUGUUGAGGCAGAUGGCUGCCCUGUCUGAGGCCGAUCAUCACUUCCUGGUGCACUGGCUGAAGAAGUUGCCGGGCCAGCGGUUCCGUCAGCCGGUGGAGCGCCUGCUGCAGUUCAUCUCCACUCGCCUUUUUCCUGCCGAGCCCGACGAGGUGCCACCCGCCUCCAAGUGCUCCUGGUGGAUCCCGUCGGCCACCAAAGUACUCGCCCUCUUCAACGCGGCCAACAGCGUGUCGUCGCCGCCCGUCAUGCCAUUCGCAGACUUCUACAACCUCACGCUGGAGCACAUCGACUUCAUGGAAGAGUACCGCACCUGGCAACACUACGGCAACUCCAGCAGGUUCUCCUUCUGCCAGUUUCCCUUCAUUCUGUCGGCGGCGCUAAAGAAGGCCAUCAUCCAGAAGGACUCUGAGCAGCAGAUGAUCAGCCGGGCCAGGCAAAGCCUGGUGAGCAAAGUGUCUCGGCGUCAGCGCGUGGACAUGAACCUCCUCUUCCUCAACAUCAGAGUGCGACGGGCGCAGCUCCUGGCCGACUCGCUGGAUGAGUUGAGCAGGAAGCGCUGCGACCUGAAGAAGAAGCUGCGCGUGACCUUUGUGGGGGAGGCAGGCCUGGACAUGGGCGGCCUGACCAAGGAGUGGUUCCUGCUGUUGGUGCGACGCAUCUUCCACGAGGACUACGGCAUGUUCACGUACAUAAAGGAGUCUCGCUGCCACUGGUUCAGCGGCUGGAAGGGGGACAACAACUACUCGGAGUUUCAGCUCAUUGGGACCCUGAUGGGCUUGGCGGUGUACAACAGUAUCGCUUUGGACAUCCAUUUCCCCCUCUACUGUUACAGGAAGCUGCUGACGCCACCCACUGAUCCAUGUGACCAGAAUGCCCUGGUUGGCAUGGCAACCGCCACUUUGGAUGACAUGCGGCAGAUCAUGCCGGAGCUGGCUCACGGUUUGCAGGAGCUGCUGAAUUUUGACGGCAAUGUGGAAGAAGACAUGUGCCUCACUUUCCAGGUGUCGCAGGAGGAACUGGGCGUGGUCAAGUUGUACAACCUGAAGCCAGGAGGAGACAAGAUUCCCGUCACCAAACACAACCGUAAAGAGUACGUGCAGCUGUACGUGGACUUCCUGCUGAACAAAUCCAUUUCCAAGCAGUUUGCCGCCUUCUACCACGGCUUCCACAGCGUCUGCGCCUCCGACGCCCUCAUGCUGCUUCGUCCGGAGGAAGUGGAGAUGCUGGUGUGCGGCAGUCCUCAGCUGGACAUGAGCGCUCUGCAGAAAGCUGCGCACUACAAAGGAUAUGGCAAGAGCGACGCCACCAUCAGGACUUUCUGGGACGUGGUGCUGUCAUUCCCCGUGGAUCUUCAAAAGAAGCUGCUUCACUUUGUAACAGGAAGCGACCGUGUCCCCGUGGGGGGGAUGGCCGACCUCAACUUCAAAAUCUCCAGGCUGGACGCGCCCACCGACUGGUACGAGCGCCGUCAAUAUGAAGGCUCCCCGUGUCGCACACCUGUUUCAACCAGAUCUGCUUGCCCCCGUAUCGCAGCAGGAAGGAGCUCAAACAUAAGCUCAUCAUCGCCAUCUCCAACGCGGAGGGCUUCGGCCUUGAGUGAUCCUGACGCCUCUGCUUGGGCACUCGCCACUUUAGCCUCUCCAAGCGCACUUGUAGUUCAACAGACUAUUUUGCUUUUUCUGAACAAGAUCAUACUCAAGCACCCGAACAAGCUAGCGUGUCGCAGUACCGCUGUGUUCCUCAAGGAGCAGCGGCGAGUCAGAAGAUGCAGGUAGAACUUUGAGACAUGCUGAGCAAGUUAGCAGCUAUUUUGUGAAAUGUUUUAUUUCAGAUGUUUGACAUUGUGGCAUGUUUCGACACCGCUGCAGCAGAUGUUUUUUGAUGGCUGUGCUAGUUUUAGCCUUAGCUUAGCAAUAGACAGAGCAGGAAGUGUCACUGACGCAAAAAUAAGCCGACAACUUGGCAACAAGAAGUCUCCAAAAUGUUUGAUUACAACCCGACCGCGGGAACGAGACGACCGGCAGCUAGCGACAAGAAGGUGACAACUGCUAACUGAUGACGAGAAACCGAUGACUUAAACACAACCAGUUCCUGAAAAAUAGCAGCUGACAAGACGGUACACUUCUACCCUGACUACCAGUGCCGAAACUGGACGCCUAGAAGCCGAUGACUCCAACCUGGAGACGACUAUUAA